AUGACAGUCAUUCGAAGAGCUCCAUACAAGGACUUCUUGCAGCCUUGCAUGCAAAGAAGAUUUGCAUCAGCGCUGCUUGUCCUGCUCGCCCUUUCAUAUCUCGAGUCUCUCACUCUGUCCAGCUGGAACUCGAUCAUUUGGUCUUGGUUUCCCAUUGGUAUCGCUGGCAUCCGUACCAUCUUCAUCUUUGGAAGUGUUCUCUUGGUUGUCAUCCUCCGCAUUGCACACCCUCAUAUCGGACUACGCACAAGCGACUCACCCUUCGACACUUUUACGCACAAUGUUUUCUCCCUUGCAGCAUACGAGACGAUCGUGACAUAUGCCCUCUCGGCCUUUCUCUUCAGCCAGGUCUACUUGGGCUCUGUCGCGGAUCAAUCCAACUUGCACUGGAUUACAUACCAUAGCGGCGACCGGGCACGGCUCAAUGAACGAACUCUUUUCUAUACCGUGUCGAUGAUUUUGAUUGGCGUGGCAGCUGGCUUCCUGCAUUUGUUCUUUGAUGUUGAUCGUGUCCUCUUGGGAACGGUCAAGGAAACAGAUGAGAAACCGAAGCAGGAGGAUCCAUAUGAGAAACUACUCUCCAAGGGACCGAGUCUGGUCGUACGAUCCGUCACCAUCUCGGCCAUCGUCGCUACAGCCAGUUACGCGGGCCUAUACUCGUGGUUGUUUCGAUACACAGCCUGGGGAUGGGCCAUGUUCUUCCUUCGUCCCUUCUAUAACCUGCCCAAGACCAAUAUUCCGCCCUCCGGCGCGCCAUGGAGCAUCUGGAUGCUGGGAAGAACAAUCGCAGCUGGCACUCUGUUGAAUGUGCUCUGGCAAUUCAGCAACGAGGCAUUCACUGCCAAUUUCGCAAAGGCGCCCGUCAAGAAUGGCCAACCUAUCACAUCCGAAUCCAAGGACCCCAAUGGCAGUCUGCUUAAUGGGCUGAAGAAUAAGAAGGCGAGAAUUUCGUCUUUUGCCAUGUGGGAACUGGCCUUGAUUGCACGAGACUUUGACGUUCGCCGCAAGGCCAUCUUUGAGGAUAUCGAUCGGAAAGAUGGUCCUAUGUGGUCUCAAGUCUACAAGCUCUGCAUGGACCCCAUCAAGGAACUAGAGAAGCGGAUCGACGAUUAUGGCAAACCACCCGCUGCUCCUGCCUCUGCACCACCACCUGCCCAGCCGCAAUCCCGAGCGCGCGUUGUCGAACCACCUGUUAGUGCCAAUGUCUGGCAGCCCGCGCCCCCACCAAAAAACCUGCGUGACUCUGUGGGCAAGUUUGUGGCAGAGGUGGCCAACUCGCCUGGCCCCAAGCCUUCAGAAAGUUUGGUUCCCUUAGCAAAGAAGACAGCUGCUGAUGUCCGAGAUACGCUUCUAUCAAAGCAACACCAGGAACAGCUCAGCCGCCAGGGCCUUGUUGGCAUGCUGCACUCGCUUCUGUUGAUGUUUCCAGUCAAUUGGAGAUGGCUCUUCAGACAUACACACAAUAGACGUGUCAGUACUGCUGUCCUAGGUACGCCAUUUGGAGAUGUCAGCCUCUACGUCAAUUCUGCCUUUGCACUCUCAAGACUGGCCGUGGCUAGUUUGACGGAGGAUAAUUAUGGAAAUGUUCAUCGUGAUGUUCCCACUAUUAUAAGGACCUUGACUACGGUCAUCAAAAAGUUGGAGAUUUUCCAGGACAACUUCCCAGCCCACUGGACCGAUCCCGACAGUGUACGACAAUCUGCUAGCGUCCAGGAAGUCCUCGAUGCCUUCAAGGAUGCUCUGGCUAGAGUCAUUACCGCCUUUGAAACGUACAGCUCAGAUUUGAAGCUGACGAGGACCGACUUGCGGCUUGCACAAGAGGCAGCGCAAAAGCCGGAACAGGCUCAACAAGUUGAGAAGCAAGUUGAGAAGCAGCCAGCGAUGCAGCAGGUCCUUUAG